GAUCACCGUUCUUUAAACGAAAACGUAGCUCGAAAACAAAUCGUUGUUUUAUCUUAUCAGUGGUUCGUGUGUCACAACCUCCAUAAGAUACCUCGUCACAGCCGACUCUAGUACUAACAAUGCUGACAGAGAGUCUGAUUUUGCACUGAAUAGACAAAGACGCACAAAUACUAUGUACUCUUUUUAUCUAGUACAAAAUCAGACUCUCGCGAUUUUACUGUUUCUCGUUCAGCAUGGCUAGUACAGGAGACGGUUGUAAUUUCGCCUAUGCGAUCGCAAUUAGAACAGUCAUUCGUAUUUCGCUGAAUUAACUAUGCUGUCUGCCACUUCGAACAGAGAAAAGAACAAGGAUGAGCUCAAAAGUGAAAUUAGAAUUCUAUUUCCAGAAAUCGUCGAAGGAAAAAUAUAUACCGAAGAAUUUCUAACUGCAGCGCGUGACAUUGUGCGGCUUGUGGAUAAACUCGGCAAAGUUUUUAGUCCGGUUAAAUACGACAUACAAUUCAAUAUUAAUAAACUCUCUACCAAAUAUGAAACAAACAGGCAAGCAAAUGCGACUCUACAGGACAUGAUUUUAAUUGAAAAAAACACAGACCCCAAAUUAAUCGCUUUAGAUGCUUUGAUGUGGUUAACUAGAGGAUUGCAUAUGAUCUUAUUGUUUUUUGAGAAAAUCGUUGAGGACUCUAAAACGAGUACACCAACGGAAGAUCUAGUAGCUUUUCUCAAAAGGUCUUACGAAGAAGCUUUAGAAUGCUAUCAUGGUUGGAUGGCAAAACAGCUUUUCGACCUUCUUUCACGUAUGGUACCCACACGCUCUAAACUUUUACAAGCAUUAAACGACGGGCAAGCCGACAAUAACGAUAUUAUUAUAAACGACUUGGAAAUCUACUUGAUAAAUUUGCGAAAAAACGUUUCAGCGAUACAGCUAUUUUAUAAAACCCACAAUCUUGAGAUCCCAACGUAAAAUACCUUAAUUGUUAAUAUUAAUAUCAUUGAACAUACAGAUUACAAUUUAUUAUAAUAAAUUAUUUGAAGAUGUACAAUUAUGUAAUAAUACUUAGGACAUAAUAUCAAUCAAGAAUUUAACGUAAAUGCAUAGCAGGAUACGUAUGUAUUACAAAAACGAUAAGAAAGCAUAUAAGAUUUGCAAUUUUUGCAUUAAUCCAAACAUAUAAAUACAAUUUGGAAACAAAAUUUUGUUAAUGUAAUAUAAUAUAAAUAAAA